CUCCACCAGCCAAUCUGUAUUAACUGCUCCAUCUCUCAAUGUAUAAUUAACGAAGAGGGCAAACCGGAAUCGUGGCGACCCCAAAGCUAACCAAGAUCUUCCUGAUCUCCAUCUCCCUCUUCAUCUGCAUCUCAGCCAUUCUGGCGUCUCUCCGCUUCGGCUCUCGCGCUCCCUCGAUUCUCUCGUACCUGAAGUCCUCGAAGCUCCCCUCGCUCUCGCUCUCAGCCCAGCGCCCGCUCAUGAACAGCAGCAUGGCGCCUGAGCAGUACCGCAAGCCACCACAGCUGCCUCCCAAGUUCACGGCCACUCCGUCCUCUCUGAUCGAGGAGACGCAGAGACUGAUCAACAGGUCCCGGAGUGUCCAAGACAGCAUCGUCCAGAAUGUCACCCCUGAGAAAGCGACCUUCGAGAAGGUCCUCCUACCCGUUGCGCUGGACGACAACAAAAUGGCCAUCGAGUCGCACAUCAUCGGUUUCUAUCAGGCGGUGUCGACAGACAAGGCCCUCCGCGAUGCGUCCACAGACGCAGAGAAGCUGCUUGACGAUUUUGGGAUCGAGUCCAGCAUGCGCGAGGACGUGUUUAAUCUGGUGGAUGCGGUUCUGAAAAAGAAGGAACCCCUAGACCCGGAGUCGCAGCGCAUGCUAGAGAAGGACCAUAAAUCGUAUAUUCGCAAUGGAUUGGGUGUCCCUGCAGGCCCACAAAGAGAUCGCUUCAAGGAGAUCAAGAAGCGUCUUAGUGAACUCAGCAUUGCGUUCCAGAAAAAUCUCAAUGAGGAAAAUGGCGGGCUGUGGUUUACCCCUGAUGAAUUGGCCGGUGUCCCGGAAGACCUCGUUGCUUCGUUGGAGAAAGGCACCGGCGAGAAUGAGGGCAAAGUCAGGUUGACGUUCAAGUACCCUGACUUGUUCCCAACGUUGAAGUAUGCAAGCAACGCGGCGACGCGCAAACGAGUCUUUGUUGAAAACGAGAACAAGUGCAACCAGAACGUCCCCUUGUUCCGGGAAACUGUCCUUCUGAGGGACGAAGCAGCGCGCAUCCUGAGCUACCCAAACCAUGCCGCAUUUAGAAUCGAGGAUAAGAUGGCGAAAACACCAAAGACAGUUAAUGACUUCCUCGGAGACCUGCGAACGCGCCUUGCACCUGGCGGCAAGGUAGAAAUCGAGAAACUCCUGGCACUCAAGCAGGAGGAUUUGAAAGAGCGCGGAAUCACAGAUGACACAUCAAACAAGUACUUCUUGUGGGAUCAUCGAUACUACGAUCGAUUGAUGCUGGAGAGAGACUUCUCCCUAGAUCAGCAGAAGAUUGCCGAAUACUUCCCCCUUCAAACCACUAUUCAGGGCAUGUUGAAGAUCUUUGAGGAACUUUUCGGCCUGGUCUUUGUUGAAAUUGUCGGCGAGGACAGGAACGCCCUUGCCGAAUCUGGAAAGGGUUCCGAUAUCGUGUGGCAUGAGGAAGUCCAGAUUUUCAGCGUUUGGGAUGAUGAGGGAGAGGGUAGCGACUUCGUCGGGUACCUAUACCUUGAUUUAUUCCCAAGAGAUGGGAAAUACGGACACGCUGCCAACUUCAACCUCCAGCCUGGCUAUACCGACGAGAUGGGCAAGCGGCGCUACCCAGCAACCGCUCUUGUUUGCAACUUCUCCAAGCCGACUAAGAAGAAGCCCUCGUUGCUAAAGCACGAUGAAGUUGUUACCCUCUUCCACGAACUCGGCCAUGGCAUCCACGACCUUGUCUCCCGAACUACUUACUCUCGCUUCCACGGCACAAACACUGUCCGUGACUUCGUCGAAGCACCUUCCCAGAUGCUCGAGAACUGGUGCUGGACGACAUCUCAACUACGCUCUCUAUCCAACCACUAUUCAUACCUCUCUCCGGACUACGAGCUAGCAUACUUAGAAUCAUCGGGGGAGUCCAAGAAACCCUCAGAACGGAUCCCGUACGAGCUUAUCACUAACUUGAUCAACACGAAGCACAUCAACGACGCACUAUUCAACUUGCGCCAGCUACAUUUUGGAAUUUUCGACAUGACGGUGCAUGAGCCGAUGAGCCAUGAUGACAUUGAGAAACUAGAUAUUUCUGCGACGUACAAUAAGCUACGGAAGGAGAUUUCUCAGCUUGAUGGCCCUGAGAUUCUGGAUCAUAAGGGAGAUUGGGCGUGGGGAAAUGGGCAGGCUACUUUUGGGCAUUUGAUUGGAGGGUACGAUGCUGGCUACUACGGCUAUCUCUCUUCCCAGGUCUACUCAACAGACAUGUUCUAUUCUGUCUUCAAAACCAACCCGAUGAACGGGAAAGAAGGCCGUCGGUACAGACACACGGUUCUAGAGAAAGGUGGCAGUAAGGAGGAAAUGGAGAUUUUGGAGGAUUUCUUAGGGCGCAAGCCGAGCACAGAGGCCUUUUAUAAGGAGUUGGGGAUUGAGCAAUAGAGGGUUGGGGGUUGAGCAAUAGAGGAUUGGGGCUGAGCAAUAGAGAGUUAGAGAGGAUGUUUGAUAGAGCAUUAAGGGGACGGGAGUUAGGACUCUGCAUACAUCAGUCUCAGGGUGAGACGAUGAAUACU